AUGCCCGGAAUCAGGACCGAGGAACAAGCCUUCGUCGAUUUUGUGAACAGCUUUAAAUGGGCGGCAACCCCUCUGGGGCCCAUGAGCCAAUGGCCUGCACGCCUUCAGCAGACUUUCAACCAAGUUCUCGCUGACUCGCGUCCAAUUGCAAUAUACUGGGGCCCUAAGUUGGCAACACUAUACAACGAAGCCUUCAGCAAACUCUGCGGCACCCAGCAUCCUGGCCUACUGGGCAAGUCGGUGGAAGAUGCCUGGCCCGACUUCUGCGACAAGAUCAAGAAGACCAUGAAGGCAAGCACCUCAAAGCAUGGGCCAAGCCUGGAGCAAGAAUGGCGAUUCUUCGUGCACCAGAGCGACGGGUCAAUGGAGGAGACUUACCUCAAAUGGUCCCUGGUUCCCAUUAUUGAGAACAACGAGUGCAUGGGCUUUCUCCAACCGCUUGUCGAUACCACGUCCAUGCGCCUAUGGGAGAGGCGGAUGCGCAUGUUGAUAGACCUUGGCCAUGUCUUGGUCACAGCUCGAGACACCAAGUUAUAUUGGAGGAAGACCAUGCAGGCCCUCGAGGCUUGUGAUCCUAGUUACGAUAUCCCCUUCGCCAUCAUAUACUCCGUCGAGAACGGCCCAAGCUCUUCUCAUGGAGUCACUAGUCCAGACAGGGUCAAGAACCUGUGCCACCUCGAGGCAUGCUUGGGCGUUCCGAAGGGCCAUCCCCUCAUCCCGCAAACUCUGGCCCCAGAGACAAGCAAUCAAGGUCUGUCGGCGGCGUUCAAAGAGGCACUAAAGACACAGAAUCCCACCCUACUGCAUACGAAGGACAAUAGUCUCCCGGAAGCGCUACUGGGAGGGCUCGACUGGCGUGGAUUUAAGGAUCCCUGUCGUUCUGCCAUCAUUUGUCCAAUCCGACCCACCACGGAAGAGCACGUUAUGGGCGUGCUCGUCCUCGGCUUGAACCCACGCAGGCCCUAUGACCAUGAUUACCAGCAGUAUAUCUCCCUGUUGAACCAGAAGGUUACGACGACUUUGGCGUCGACGGUACUGAUCCAAGAAGAGGCACGCAGGAACCGCAAUAUUGCCGAACAAGCGGCUUACGAUGAAGCGCAGCUCAAGGAGAAACUGGCUGCGCAGACUAAACAUGCUACGGAUUCCAUGUCCAAGUUUCAAUCAAUUGCCGAGUUUGUUCCUGUCGGUAUGUGUUUUGGCGAUGGCCAGGGAAAUAUCACCUUCGCCAACGAGGCGUGGCAUCGAAUAACGGGGGUGCCAAGAACGGGAAAAAUCACGCAGGGGUCGUUUUGGUCUCGCAUCGUCGAGGAGGAUCGGCAAAACGUCGAUCGAGCCUACAAGGAGAUGGAACGUGCUGGUGCUGCUACCAUUGAGUUUCGCGUACAGAGAGAGGACGACGGUCCUGUACAAUACCCCAUCGGUAGCUCUCCGAGUUUCGAAAAGGCUGGAAUGGACCUUGCUCAAGGAAACCCUCAGGAGCGACAUGUCCUGGCGGCCCUCAAAGCCGAGUGUGCCCCGGAUGGCACCAUCUUACGUGUUCUUGCUUGCUUGACUGAUGUUACUCUCCACAAGGAGGCAGCAGAACAAGCCAUCCGGCGAGCCCAGCUGGUAGAAAACUAUCAAAAAAUGACGGAAUUCUCGACCGUAGGCAUGUACGACAUGAGUCUCGACGGGCGACUCGUUGGUGCCAACAACGUAUUCUUCGAGAUGUGUGGCAUCGACAAGGUCGACUUGAGACGCAAUGCCGUCUACCCUUUUGAUUCCUGUGUCGUCGAAGAGGAUGUCCCCGUUCUGCACCGGGCAUUGGCUCAACUGGUCGCCGGAGGUAAGACCCAGACGGCCGAGAUCCGGUUCAAGACGCCGUGGACCGAGAAGGACAGCGAUGGCAACAACAUUAUCGCUCCACGCUGGGUCGUCGCCACUUUCCUGCCAGUUGUCAACUCGGAUUGUGUGAUUCAGUCUUUUACGGGUUGCCUUAUCGACACUUCAUCAAAGAACUGGCAAUUCGAAGCGGAACGUCAGCGCUACGAAACGGAGCGAAAGCGAAAGGACGAGGCCAUUGAGGCCAAACGCCAACAGGAAAUGUUCAUAGAUAUGACAUCCCAUGAACUGAGGAACCCACUCAGCGCUAUAGUGCAGUGUGCUGAUGCCAUUAUUGCUUCAUUGGCCAAGUCCCUUGAGCUUGUAAACCUUUCGCCCACCGAUCUCCACGCCCUGCGCACCUCCCCACCCGAGGCUAUCUUGUCCGAGCCGGAGAAGGGCACGUGGUACGAGGGUUUGAGCUUGGUCCAGAACGCCAUAGAAAACGCCGAGACCAUCAUAGCCUGCACCCAGCACCAGAAGAGAAUCGUUGAUGACAUCUUGACUAUGAGCAAGAUGGACUCGAAUCUGUUGACGGUCACCCCCUUUACAGUCGACCCCAUUCUCAUCGCCAAGGAGGCUUUCGAAAUGUUCGAAGUUGAAGCUCGCCGGGUUGAUAUCGAGCUUACUUGGGACGUUGAUCAAUCCUACCGACACUUGGGCAUCGAGUUCCUGGACCUGGAUCCCUCGCGCCUGAAACAAGUAUUGAUCAAUCUACUUACUAACGCGUUGAAGUUCACCAAGAACCAGGAGAUCAGAAAGGUCUCGAUCAAAAUGAGUGCGUCCAAACAACGUCCCACGGAUGCCACUUCUUCGGUGCAAUUCAUACCGCGUGCUGCCGACAUACUGGCGCCUGAGACGUCGACAUCCGAUACCUCAGGCUCUGGACCAUCACCUCGCACUUCGGAGACGUCGGCUUCUGAACCCUCAACGUCUUCCAAUCCACCAGACUAUACAUAUUUGAUAUUCGAAGUGCACGACACUGGACAAGGCUUGACGGAGGAAGAGAAGUCCUUACUCUUCCAGAGAUUCGUACAGGCGUCCCCCAAGACACACGUGAAGUAUGGAGGUUCUGGCUUGGGCCUGUUUAUCAGCAAACGCCUGACGGAAAUGCAAGGUGGCGCUAUCGGGGUCGCCAGCCGACCGGGACACGGCUCUACGUUCGCCUUUUACAUCGAAGCAAACACGCCUGGCAAAACCGAGUUGCAAGAGGCUCGAGCAGCCGCCGAUGCGUUGAAACAAGCCAUGCGGUCGCCAUCCACUGUGACGCGCGAGAGGGCAGCCAGUGGUAGAGCCAAUGACGUCCAAAUCGAGGGUGUGCUUAUAGUAGAGGACAACCUCAUAAACCAGCAAAUUACUCGUCGCGGGCUGCUUGACCGAGGCAAAAAAGUCGAAGUGGCCAACCACGGUCUUGAGGCUCUGGAGAAACUACAAAAGAUGAAUCAAGCGGAGGGCGAGUUCCCUCUCACUCUGGUCACUAUGGACAUGGAAAUGCCAAUUCAAGAUGGUCUCACAUGCACCCGCGAGAUUCGGAAAAUGGAACUAUCAGGCCAGCUUAAAGGCCCACGAAUCCCGAUACUCGCGGUUUCAGCCAAUGCACGCACGGAGCAGAUCAAGGAGGCUAUUGCUGCUGGUUGCGACGAUGUGCUCGUCAAACCAUACCGUAUUGAUGAACUCAGCCACAAAAUGCGAAUGGCUGUCCAGAAGUCCCGCGAGAGGGAGGACCAGGAACGCAAGGAGGACGAGAUACAUCCUUCUUGA